ACGCGAAGAUUUCCCUUGCACCACGGAUCCAUCUGCUUCCCCAAUCGACACUGCUGCAAAUCUGCAAUGGCCGUCGCCGCCGCCACCGCUGCUGCAUCUCUGAGAACCUCCCUUCACUUCCCUUAUCAAAAUCCCCGUGCCCUGCGAAAACGGCAGCUCGACAGGGGGAGCACCCUCCGAUGCUUCCACGGGUCGCUUACCCUCACUAAUGGAUGCGCCGACUUUGUUCGCAGCCGGCCUCGUCGGCUCCACCAGUCUCCCUUCUUGGUUUGCUUAUCGUCGGCGCUGAGUCCGGAGUUGAAGUUAACGCUGGACAAGGUGGUGAGCUCCCAUAAAGUAGUUCUCUUUAUGAAGGGAAGCAAGGAUUUCCCGCAGUGCGGCUUCUCCCGCACGGUAGUGCAGAUCCUUAAGACGCUGAACGUACCCUUCGAAACCAUGGACAUUCUGGAGAACGAGGUGCUGCGUCAGGGCCUCAAGGAAUACUCUAGUUGGCCGACCUUCCCCCAACUCUACAUUGACGGCGAAUUCUUCGGCGGUUGUGAUAUCACUGUCGGUGAGCUUGCAGUUCCCUUUUUCUUUUUUAUCUUUAUUCCUUCUUGGCUUCUUGUCGUUGUUCAUUAUAAAGUAAAUUGUGGGUUAGAAAAUCUGAUUGAUCUUUGUGCCUUAAAACGAGCAAUUUGA